CGCGCGCUCGCGGACAGUCCGCGCGAGGGCCGGGCCGGGCCGGCUUCUGUCGGCUUCGCUUGGCUGCGUCGCGCUGGGUCCCGGGGGAUGCCCCGGGUCGGGUUCUCCUCAUGGCCGCCGACGUCUUCAUGUGCUCCCCUCGCCGGCCCCGCAGCCGCGUCCGCUCGGUGUUACUCAAGCCUCGGGUGCCCGAGGACGAUGACGACUCGGACACCGACGAGCCGUCCCCGCCGCCCGCCUCCGGCGCGGCCCCCUCGGCCCGGGCCCACGCGAGCGCCGCGCCGCUGCUGCCCCGGGCCGGGCUGGGCCGCGAAGAGCCUCCGCGCCGCCAGCAGAUAAUCCACAGCGGCCACUUCAUGGUGUCGUCGCCGCACCGGGAGCACCCGCCCAAGAAGGGCUACGAUUUCGACACGGUCAACAAGCAAACGUGCCAGACCUACAGCUUCGGCAAGACCAGCUCCUGCCACCUGUCCAUCGACGCCUCGCUCACCAAGCUCUUCGAGUGCAUGACCCUGGCCUACAGUGGGAAAUUGGUGUCUCCAAAGUGGAAGAACUUCAAGGGCUUGAAGCUCCAGUGGAGAGACAAGAUCCGGCUCAACAACGCCAUCUGGCGGGCGUGGUACAUGCAGUAUCUGGAGAAGCGCAAGAAUCCUGUGUGCCACUUUGUUACCCCGCUAGACAGCUCCAUCGAUGUGGAUGAGCACCGCCGACCAGAGGCCAUCACCACUGAGGGCAAGUACUGGAAGAGCCGCAUUGAGAUCGUGAUCUGGGAGUACCACAAGUGGAGAACCUACUUCAAGAAAAGGUUACAGCAGCAUAAGGAUGAGGACCUCUCCAGCCUGGCUCAGCAGGAUGAUGAUGUGCUGUAUUGGCACAAACGUGGGGAUGGCUGGAAGACCCCAGUCCCCAUGGAGGAGGAUCCGCUUCUGGACACAGACAUGCUUAUGUCAGAAUUCAGUGACACCCUCUUCUCCACACUGUCUUCACACCAGCCGGUGGCCUGGCCCAAUCCACGGGAAAUCGCACAUUUGGGAAAUGCAGACAUGAUCCAGCCAGGCCUGAUCCCCCUGCAGCCCAACCUGGACUUCAUGGACACCUUUGAGCCAUUCCAGGAUCUCUUCUCUUCCAGCCGCUCCAUUUUUGGCUCCACAUUGCCUGCCCCUGCCUCAACACCUGCACCAGAUCCCAACAGCCCACCUGCUCAGGGGAGCAUCCUGUCAACCACUGCUCUGCCCACCGUCAGCCUUCCCGACAGCCUCAUUGGACCCUCUGCCGCCCCUUCCCUGGAUGCCUCAGAUGGGCAGGGCUGUGAACGUACCUCCCAGACCCAGGAUCCCUUCAUCCAGUCCACAGACUUUGGGCCUUCUGAGCCACCACCACUCAGUGUCCCACAACCCUUCCUCCCUGUCUUCACCAUGCCCCUGCUGCCCCCCAGCCCGGCCCCGGCCCCAGCCACCCCUCCAUUACCCUUGGUCCCUCCUCCUGCCGCUUCCCUAAACCCCCCAGCCACAUCCGCCUUCCUGCAGCCACAGAAGUUUGUUGGGGUCAGCAGAUCCCCCCCUGUCAUCACAUAUACAGCCUCUGCCACCCUGACCCACGAUGCCUCCGCCACCUCCUUCAGCCAGACCCAGGGCCUCGUGAUCACUCCCUGCCACCCGAUCCCCUCGCCAUCCCCCUGUGGCCUGACACUGUCCCCUGUCCCCCAGCCACCUGCCACUGGGUCCCCUCAAUCUCUUUUAACCUUUGUUCAUCCCAAGCCUGUACCCUUGACUGGAGGGAGGCCCAAGCAGCCCCCUAAAAUAGUGCCUGCUCACAAACCUGAGCCUGUGUCUUUGGUGUUGAAGAAUGCUCACCUCACCCCAGCUGCCUUUUCAGGCCAACCGCAGGCGGUGAUCAUGACAUCAGGCCCUCUGAAGAGAGAGGGGAUGCUGGCCUCCACGGUGUCCCAGUCCAGUGUGGUCAUCGCGCCUGCAGCCAUUGCUAGGGCCCCUGGUGUUGCAGAGUUCCACAGCAGCAUCCUAGUGACAGACCUCAGCCACAGCACAAGCAGCCGCCCUGCUCCGGGCUCACGCCUCUUCCCCACAGGCACAGCACAGGACUCGGGGGUGAAGGGCGAGCAGGCCCCGCAGCACGGGGACAGCCCCCAGGUUUCUGCCGCAGGGCCCAGUCAAGACUGCCCAAACUCAGGGCAGGCCUCUCCGUGUGCUUCAGAGCAAAGCCCCAGUCCUCAGUCUCCUCAGAACUGCUCAGGGAAAUCUACAGACCCCAAAAAUAUGACUGCACUAAAGAUGAAGCACAUCUCCGCUGAACAGAAAAGACGCUUCAAUAUCAAGAUGGGCUUCAACACCCUCAAUACUCUGAUCGCCAAUAACUCCAAGCUGACUACCCGUGCCACCAUGCUGCAGAAGACAGUGGAGCACAUCACCAAGCUGCAGCAGGAGCGGAGCCAAAUGCAGGAGGAGGCCCGGCGGCUUCGGGAGGAGAUCGAGGAGCUCAACGCUGCCAUCAUCUCCUGCCAGCAGCUUCUCCCCGCCACGGGAGUCCCAGUGGCCCGGCGCCAGUUUGAUCACAUGAGAGACAUGUUUGAUGAAUAUGUGAAAAGCCGGACCCUGCAGAAUUGGAAGUUCUGGAUUUUCAGCAGCAUCAUCAAGCCACUGUUUGAGUCCUUCGAGGGCAUGGUGUCCACCAGCAGCCUGGAGGAGCUGCACCAGACAGCACUGGCCUGGCUGGACCAGCACUGCUCCCUGCCUGUGCUCAGGCCCAUGGUGCUGAAUACCCUCCGGCAGCUGAGCACCACCACCUCCAUCCUCACGGACCCGGCCCGGCUGCCAGGGGAGGCCUCGGAGGCUGUCACUCGGAUCAGCAAGAGAUCCGGCGAGUCCCAGGCUUAGCCGCAGUGGGCUCCCGAGAUGCCUGGAGCCCCCUCCCUACCUCUCCCCGUGCUGUCUCGGGCGCGCUCCACACUGCAGGCCACGCAGGAGGGUGCCACGCUCAGGUCUGGAGCAGGUGUGGGGCCUGCCACAGCAAUAGCAUCCUGGGAAUCCUGGCAGAGCCUCCCACUCUGCAACCUCAGCCACCAACCUCCCUUUCUUCACCCUUGGGGUGGCCCAGAUCCCUUCCUAAUCAGCCCGCUUGGCCACCUCAGGCCAGCAAGGUGAGUGGACAGGACAGGGAGACAAAGCUGCUUCUGCAGGCCAGUGACAUCCGGGUCCCGCCGCACUCCUGUGAGAUGUACCUACUAGCUCUCUUCUGUCCACUGGUCCUCCGCAGACCCCUGCUGAGGGCAAGGGCAAGGUGGCCUUCUGCAACUGGCCUUCGAUCGGAGGGGUGCAAGGAGCGUGCCUUUUCCACAGACCUGGGCACCGUGCACACAGUGGGUGUGGCAGCCACGAAGAGCAGAAGCAGUGGCAUGCGCAGCUGCUGCUGCAGCUCACAACCCUUUCUGUGCCUUAGUUCCACCUGGCACGGUACAGCCCUGUGUUCCCAGGGCUUCCCCGCCCUGCAGGGGGACAAGGCCACAUGCUAGGGAUGGUUUCACCUUUCUUCGGGCGUCCAGAAGGUCACACUCCACUUGACCUGGUCAUCUUACCUGAUGUUCAGUGGGGAGCUCCACACCAGGACAGUCUUCUGACCAAAGAUGUGACCCCGCUCAAAGUCUGUCCUGUCUGUGUUUGGAGGAAGAGUUUCGUGAAGGCGGCGGGCAGGCGGGCUCCCGCCGGGUCAGCCCUUGGCACAGCCUCCCACGGUGAAGGCUGUGCAGCCUGCGGCAGAGGUGUUGCUUAAAGUGUCAGGCCUGCCCAGGGUCACUGUCCUGCUGAGCGUUGUUGGAAAGAACCAGAAGGGGCCCGGUGUGGCCCACUUAGUCCUCUUUUCCACUGCUCCUGCAUGUCACAGGGCGUUUCCAGCUCUCAGGGAGCCCAGCCAAGGGCACCUCCCCUCCAGGAAGGAAAGUGGUUUUUUUGCCCUGCUCGCCCAUCCAGAGCAGCCAGCAGGCUUUUUUGGGACUCUGCCUCCUUGCCCCUCACCCCUGUCUGCCUGCAGCACCCCAAGGUGGCUCAAGAUGAGGGAGCAGGGCUACCUACUGCACAUCUGGUUUCUUGGGGGCCUCCACUGGUUCUUGGUGCCCAGGGCCUCCGGUAGGAUGUAGGAGGACUGGCCAUGCCACCGUCUCCACCUGCGCCCCUUGACCAGCUCCUGUUUCCUUGUCUGCAUAUCUGCCCCAUCUGGGAGAGCUCGUGGUACCCCUCAGCCGCCCUCCAAAUGUGUUUACGGGCUGAGGGGUGAGCCAAGAUGUGCGGGCUGGUCCUUGGACUUCUGCUGAGAGAUGGUGAGAGGAUUUAUCCCUUCCCCCUGUGGAAGGCGGAGGCCGCUGUGGUGACAGCUCACCAGGGUCAGAAGAAAAAAGGGAAAAGGAAGAGGUGCUGCUGUGAGGCCUGGGGGAGCAGCAGAGCGCUGGCUCUCCCGGCCAGCAGGACUCCUGAUCGCUAGCUUCCUCCCGGCCUGGGUGGGAGCACGUGUGAAACUCCAUGGGGUGGAGAACUGGCCUCUUGCUUCUUUUGGCCUACCUCUCCCACUUGCUGAAAUUUUCACCAUUCUGUUUCCUUGGAUAUUUAAGGCGAUUAGCUUGUGUGACCCUUGGGGUGGGGGGGGGGAGAGAGAGUGUGCGUGUGUGUAUGUUUGUGCGCAUGCUUGUGUGCGUCCUGGCUGACCUUAGUAGACGCAUGCUUAUUUCUGAGAUUAACGUCAGUGCAUUUCUUUUGGUGCUCACCAUUGCCAUGGCUGCGAGGCCACAAUGCUGUAUCUGCUCUGAGCAUAGUUGUGUCUUGCCCCGGGAAUUUUCUUACUUUGGAGUCUCGCCUGAUGAAUGUGGCCACACGCAGGACUGGAUCUUGAUCCGCAUCCUGGCUUGCAGGCUGGCAUUCAGGAACAGCUAAGGCAGCCCUAGGAGCCUCCAGUGUGCACUCACCAUACCACAAGCCUGGGUUUGUUUACACUCAUCCUCACCUCAUCCUGUCCCCUCUAGAGAAUUAAAUAGAAAAAAAAAAGCCAACCAGAAAAGAUAAAAGCAAAGGCCACUGCCUGUCAAUCUGCAGAUGUUUCUGUGAAAUCUUCCCGGGCCAUCAGCACUUGCUCUCACUAUGAGUGGCCGGCCUGGGGCAGGACGGCGCCACACCAGGGCUUGCGGAGUGCGGAGUGUGGGUCACACGCAUGGCCACCUUCGAAGAGGCUACGGGCAGUGGCUCUCCACAGCCCAAGGAAAUUGGGCUGGGCUCAGGGCCGGUGUUUGCUGUUCCUGGUGUCUGGAGGAGGCUGGGGGGCAGUGGAGCCCGGCACAGCCUGGGUCACCUGCUCCCUGGAGGGCAGUCCAGAGCCAGACAGGUGGCCCAGGUCCGGGUUCGUGGUCCCGCCUGAGCCUGUUUGUGUGCUUGGGACUGGCGCCCACCCUCCCAAAGCCCUCAAGGUUUCUGCGCUCCGACUCCUUAGGCCCGCGGUGGAACCAUGCUGGUACAGGCGGCACGGUGCCUGCCCAUGGGCCAGCAGUCUCCCAACUACGGGUGCACACACCCCACCCAGCUCUCUGCUGGCUCAGCUGGCCUCAGCACAGCACUGGGCUCCUUUGUCUCUCUGGGCGUGCUCUGAGCAGGCUUGGGGUGUCCCAGCACCCUCUCCACUCUGAAGUCCUUCCCUCUGCUCUGCCCCAGGCCUGAGGCUUCCUGUGGGACAGCUUUGGUGCCGUCCUGCUUCCUGCGGGGGACGUGGGCUUUCCCUGCCCGCGCCUCCCAGGCAGCUCAGGCUCGGGAAGCCCACCCCACGCAGGAUGUGCGUGGAGAUUGACUCUGCCACCCGUUUUCUCACAGUGGAUUGGAGAAGCAGGGCGCCGUGUGGCAAGGGCAUGCCUGCCGCAGGCUGCAGUGUUACCGUGGGCACGGGUGUAAGGGCGGAGGGGACAGGCAGGAGUGGGGGAGCAGCAAGUUCAUGCCAGGACCCACUCAGCACCCGGGACAGGGACCGCAGCACCUCCACCACUCACCGGCCAGAACUUGGGAAAACCAACCCUCUGAGCAGAAAAGGGAACUCACAGCGAAUGUUGAGGUGUGUGUGUGUUUGCACAUGUGCACACUUACACGCUUGUGUGUGUGUGUAGUUUUAUUUUUGUAAAAUCCCUUUCCAGAUAUUCAGCAGACCCGUCUCGUCUCCCCUUCCCCCUUUGCUUCCCCUGGCGUGGGCCUGGCGGUCUGCGGCUCUCUUCAAGGCGCCUUGGCAGAGACCUGCAAAGUCACACAUUUCCAUAGUUUACAACCUGCAGGAUGAAAAAAGUCUGAGGGGCUCAGCCCGCAACCCCACACUCCACUGAGGGCUGCAAAGGAACCAGCUCAUCUGCUUGCUGUGUGGGCUCCUCUGAGAGGGCCCAUGGGGGUCCAGCCAGAGGAGGGGCGGUGCGCCCAGGCGCUGCGCUUUCCACCAGCUGUGGCCAACACUACAAUGCAUUUUAAAAACUAUAUUUGCAUCCAAAACAAUAAAAACUUAUUUUUUUCGAAACACC